CGCACCGAAUGGGAAGGUUUAGAAGGAAAAGACUGAAGUCUGUAAACUGACCAGAUCCCGGUGAAACGGUGAAAGGUGUAAACAGUUAGCACACGUGUGAAUCUCAGUGACCAGCGGGAGAAGCGGGCGAUCCUUCACUAACAGAAAUCUGACCUGCUGAACUCCUUUUGUCGUGUGGCCAAAUGUGUUUCACAGUAAUGUCACGCACUGAUUUUGGUGUAACUACACUUGACUGAUGUGCGCAGCAGAAAGAGAGAGAGGGUGAGAGAGUGGAGGGGGUGAGAGAGGUACAGUCUCAGCGGCAGCACGGCUCUGCGCUCCGAGUGUGGAUGUUAGAAAAGAGGGAAGGACUCCGAGACACACACACACAGAGGAGCGCUACCGGUGGACGUGAGUGUGCUCGCGGGCUGCGGAGCGUCUCUCCGGUCAGCUGUGAAUGGGAUUACGGCGGCUCCUCCGGGACUGCAGGAGGAACCAUGCGGCCGCAGAGCUGCCCGCUGCCCUCGGCCCUGCUCCCGCUGCUGCUCGGGCUCUGCAGCGGCACAAGUUUCCCAACUAACAUCAACAUAGGAGGCCUUUUCCCCGGUGACUCCCAUGAGUACGAGGUGUUUCGUUUCGCCCUGGCACAAAACCAGGACAUCCCCAAGCUGGUGCCACAGGUGGACAUGGUGGACACGAGCAGCAGUUUCGCCAUGACCUACGCCUUCUGCUCACAGUUCUCUAAGGGAGUGUACGCCAUCAUGGGUCUGUACGACCGGCGGACGGUCAACAUGCUGAUGUCCUUCUGCGGGUCUCUGCACGUCUGCUUCGUCACGCCGUCCUUCCCCGUGCAGACCAACAACCAGUUCGUCCUGCAGCUGCGGCCCCAGCUGCAGGAGCCCCUCAUGGCCCUGCUCGAGCACUUCUACUGGACCAGGUUCGUCUACAUGUACAGCUCUGAAUCAGGUUUGGCAGUGCUGCAGAGGAUCCUGGACACGGCGGCAGAACGAAGUUGGCAGGUCACCUCGGUUAACCUGGACAGUCUCACAGAGCCAGCCUUCAUCAAGCUGCUGGCUGACCUCGACUACAAGAAGGACUUCCAGAUCAUCAUCGACUGCGAGCUGAAACGCCUCAACUACAUCCUCAACCUGAUUGCUGCUCAGAAGAGGAACUUGAAGAACUACCACUACAUCCUUGCCAAUCUGGGCUUCUUGGACCUGAACGUCACAGAAUUUCAGAAGCUCGGACCAAACGUGACCGGCUUCCAACUGGUGAAUCGGUCGGAUCCCGCUGUGCAGAAGAUCAAUCAGAACUGGCUGGACUUCGACAACAAACUGAUCCUCAAAUGCUCGCAACCAAAGUUUCCAAAACCAAAUUUGUGUAAAUACACAGGAGCUCUGACCUAUGAUGGUGUCAGCGUCAUGGCAACGGCAUUCCAGAAUCUGCGGAGGCAACGGAUCGACAUCUCUCGCCGGGGCAACGCAGGGGAGUGCCUGGCCAACCCGCCCGCUCCGUGGGGACAGGGCAUCGAUAUCCAGAGAGCCCUGCAGCAGGUUCGUCUGGAGGGGCUGACGGGUCACGUCCAGUUCGAUGAGCGCGGACAUCGAACCAACUACACUUUGACUGUGAUGGAGCUCAGCCACAUUGGACCCAGGAAGAUCGGAUUCUGGAAUGAGAAGAGAGGCUAUGUGAACACUGCCAUCUACAGGCCGAUGCAGGAGGAGUUUUACAAUGUGCAGAACAAAACCUACAUCGUCACUACCAUCCUGGAAGCUCCCUACAUGAUGCUAAAGAAGAACCACGAGCAGUUUUGGGGAAACGAUAAAUAUGAAGGAUACUGUGCCGAGCUUGCCGCAGAGAUCGCCAAACACGUCGGGUUCACGUACCGCCUUGAGCUAGUAGGUGACGGCAAGUACGGUGCCAGAGACGCUGAAACAAAGAUGUGGAAUGGCAUGGUGGGAGAGCUGGUGUAUGGG